AUCUGUUUUUGUUAGAUUUGUCGGAACUCAGUGUUUAUAAUGUUACCGUUACUGUAUUUAGCGAAUUUCUAGUAAUGCAAUAAAUAGUUAAAGUUAAAUAAAAUAGUGUUAAAGCAAUUAAAUUUAUGGCCUACAGUAAAAAGCGUGUAAAUAUUGUUUAAAGCUAAUAUGGAAAAAUUAAAUCUUAAACAAUCUUUUGGUAGAAUGGUUGGAAGAGAGUCAUAUGGCACAUUAUCUGAAGACGAAGAAAACCACAAAGCUCGUGUCAUUUACCUAAAUCAAAUACAACCACAUAAAUAUUGCAGUAACAAAAUAAGCACUGCCAAAUACAAUCUUGUAACGUUUCUACCAAAAUUUUUACUGGAACAGUUUAGUCGUUAUGCAAAUGUAUUUUUUCUGCUUAUUGCAUUACUUCAGCAAAUUCCAAAUGUAUCACCAACAGGAAGAUACACAACUGCAGUUCCUUUAUUAUUUGUGUUAACAUGCUCUGCUGUAAAGGAGAUAGUAGAAGAUUUGAAACGUCACAGGGCAGAUGAUCAGACCAAUAACAGAAUUGUUAAAGUUAUUCGAAACAAUCAUCUAAUUGAUGUUCAAUGGACUGAGAUAUUAGUUGGUGAUAUUGUCAAAGUAGUGAACGGAAGUUUCUUUCCUGCUGAUCUGAUUCUGUUAACUUCAAGUGAACCUAUGGGAAUGUGUUACAUUGAAACUGCAAAUUUAGAUGGUGAAACAAAUCUAAAGAUUAAAACAGCCUUGCCAAUUACAAGUGAAAGUACAACUGUGGAACAAGCUAGUGAAUUAUUUGGUCGAUUGGAGUGUGAAGGGCCAAACAAUAGACUUUAUGAAUUUGUUGGAAAUUUAGUUUUAGACAAUAAAAAAGCAGUCCCUCUUUCUGGUGAUCAAGUUCUAUUAAGAGGUGCUCAACUUAGGAACACACAAUGGGUGUUUGGUUUAGUUGUUUACACAGGGCACGAGUCUAAGUUGUUACAAAAUGCCACUGCUGCACCAAUUAAACGAUCAAAUGUUGAUAGAAAAACAAACAUUCAAAUAUUGUUCUUGUUUGGAUUAUUAUUAGUUUUAGCACUUUUCAGUGCAAUAGGAAAUAAAAAAUGGACAGAUGAUCAUCAUGAUUGGUAUCUUGGAUUUGAUUAUUUUAAGGAACAAAACUUUGGAUUCACAUUUCUUACAUUUUUUAUUUUGUACAACAAUUUAAUACCUAUAAGUUUACCUGUUACUUUAGAGGUUGUGAAGUUUAUGCAAGCUAUGCUCAUUAAUUCUGAUUUAGAUAUGUACUAUGAAGUUAAUGAUACUCCUGCAAUGGCAAGAACUUCAAAUUUGAAUGAAGAGUUAGGCCAGGUAAAAUAUAUAUUUUCGGACAAAACAGGCACAUUAACAUGCAACAUUAUGGAGCUUCGUAAACUCUCAAUAGCUGGAUUUGUCUAUAGUGCAAAAAGUGGGGAGUUUGCAGAUCAGAAACUUCAGGAUGAUUAUGAAAAUCGGGAUUCAUCUGGAUACAUCAGAGAGUUUUUCACAUUACUUUCAGUCUGUCACACUGUUGUUCCUGAGAGAGAUAAUGAAAAUCCGAGUGAAAUUAUUUAUCAAUCAGCGUCUCCAGAUGAAGGAGCUUUAGUCAAAGGUGCAUCUGAAUUUGGGUUUGUGUUCAAUACAAGGACGCCAACGUCUGUCAUUAUUAAUAUAAAUGGAAUAGAAGAAGUAUAUGAAAUCCUUAAUGUUCUUGAGUUUACCAGUACUCGAAAGCGAAUGUCUGUUAUUGUAAGAACACCAGACAAUAAGAUAAAAAUAUUUUGCAAGGGAGCUGAUACAGUUAUACUUCAGCGAUUGAGUGAGGACAGAAGAUUUGAGGCAACAACCCUAGGGCACUUGGAUGACUUUGCUAGAGAAGGAUUACGCACCUUGUGUAUUGCUUCAGCCGAACUUGAUCAUCAGGAUUAUGAAAAGUGGAACCAAAAAUUUUAUGAAGCUAGCACAGCCUUGGUUGACAGAGAAAAACAUCUUGAAGAAGUAGGGGAAAUGAUAGAAAAUAAUCUUGUUCUACUUGGAGCUACAGCAAUUGAAGAUAAGCUUCAAGAUGGAGUUCCAGAAAGUAUUGCAGCACUAUCAUCAGCCAACAUAAAGAUAUGGGUUUUGACAGGAGAUAAACAGGAAACAGCAAUUAAUAUUGGCUAUUCUUGUUGUUUGUUACAUGAUGAACUUAGUUUGUUAAUUUGUGAAGGAAAAACUGUAAAGGAGGUGCAAAAAUGGCUAAAUGAGCAUAUCAACAAUAAUAAUAUUAAAAGAUUUAUAAAGAAGAAAAAAAAUGAUCUAAGAGAAGUUUCAGAAGUAAAGAAUUUAGCUUUAGUUGUAAAUGGAUCAGUGUUAGGGUUUUGUUUACAAGAUGAAUGCAAAGAAUUAUUUCUAGACCUUGCCCUUGUGUGUAGAGCAGUAAUAGCUUGCAGAGUUUCACCGCUGCAAAAAUCUUUGGUGGUCCAAUUAGUGAAGAACAAUGUUAUGGAAGCAAUUACAUUAGCAAUAGGAGAUGGUGCAAAUGAUGUUAGCAUGAUACAGGCAGCUCAUGUUGGAGUUGGGAUCAGUGGUCAGGAAGGAUUGCAGGCUGCUAGUGCUUCAGAUUAUGCUAUUGCACAGUUUCGCUUUUUGAACAAACUGUUGCUUGUACAUGGUGCAUUUAGCUACUCUCGACUCACCAAACUUAUUUUAUAUUCAUUUUACAAAAAUAUUUGUUUAUAUGUUAUAGAGUUAUGGUUUGCUUUUUCUAAUGGAUUUUCUGGACAGAUUCUUUUUGAUAAGUGGUGUAUUGGAUUAUAUAAUGUCAUAUUUACAGCUCUACCUCCAUUAGCUUUUGGAUUGUUUGAUCAAAGUUGCUCUUCAAAAGCAAGAUUAAAAUGUCCAAGACUUUAUAAAAGUUCACAGAAUUCAGAUCUAUUCAAUGUAAAGGUUUUUUGGAUUUGGAUAUUUACUGCUAUAUAUCAUUCUAUACUGCUGUUUUAUCUCCCGAAACUUGUGUUUUCUAAAGAUGUUGCUUUUGGUGAUGGGUUAGUGGUUGGACAGUGGUUUGUUGGUAACGUAGUUUAUACUUGCGUUGUUAUUACUGUUUGCUUGAAAGCAGCCUUAGAGUUAGAUUCAUGGACCAUAUAUUCUCAUUUGUCCAUAUGGGGAAGUAUUGUUAGCUGGUUUGUGUUUUUGCUAAUUUAUUGCUCCCCGUUUGUUGGAUUAUUAAUUGCUCCAAAUAUGAUCGGACAGGAUAGAAUGUUAUACACGUGUGCUUUAUUCUGGUUUACACUGUUAAUUAUUCCUCCAACAACUUUAUGGGUUGAUUUUUUAUUUCACUUGUUUCAACGAUCAUUUAAAAAAAACACCAGACAACUCGCUCAAGAACUUGAAAUAAAAGGGAUUGAAUGGGAAUUAGAUGAGAGAGGUGUCCCGAAGCAAAAAAUCCGUAAAGAUAACAACAUGGAACUGAAAUCUUCGCCUUCUUCUAUCGCAAGAUCAGAUCAUGGUUUUGCAUUUUCUCAAGAAGAACAUGGUUUAGUUGCGCAAGCUGACGUCAUUCGACGGUAUGAUACAACCCUCGUGAAACCAAAAGGCGAAUAAUCUCCUGAAAUGUCAAGUUUCAGAUAAAUCCCGUGUAUUUAUUAGCUAAUAUGUAUUUAAGUAGAAUUUUUUUUGUUUAUAUCAUUUUUUACGAAUGUAUUUAUUGUAUAAAAAUAAUCACGAACAACAUUUUUAUUAUAAAUUAUUUCAAUAACGAGUGUUUCAAAAAUGUAGCAUAUAUUAUUAUUUUUUUAUAUAUAUUUUUUUUGUUACAUUGAAAUAAAGAACUUCAUAUUUAA